AUGGCAAGAGUGUGGAGAGUUAAAGUCAAGAGGCAGUGCCUAAGGCUUGCCACUUGGUCUGAUGAUAACACAAAUUGCUGCAACUGGACAUCAGUUUCUUGCAAUCAUGAAACAGGUCACAUUCUUGAACUUCACCUCUCAACUUCAAUUACUUACUUGUAUGGGGUUUAUGAUGUUUAUGAGAUAUCACGGUUUGGGGGUGAAAUACAUCCUUCGAUAGUUCAGUUGAAAGAACUAAGUUACUUGGAUUUGAGCAGCAACGAUUCUGGAGGCAUGCAGUUUCCAAGUUUCCUUUGUUCAAUGAAGAGCUUGAUAUAUUUGAACCUCUCUUAUGCAACAUUCAGUGGAAGCAUUCCUCACCAAAUAGGAAAUCUCUCUGGUUUGCUACAUCUUGACCUUGGAGGGAAUUCUUUUACUGGGAAGAUUCCUUAUCAAAUUGGUAAUUUAUCAAAUCUACUCUAUCUUGAUCUCUCUAGGGGUCAUCAAUAUGAAAAGGAUGGGAUAUCAAUGUACGAAGAAAAUCUUCAGUGGAUGUCAUCUCUUUCUUCACUCCAAUAUCUUCAAUUGAGUUUGGUUAAUCUGUCUAAUUCCUUUAAUUGGUUGCCUGUUUUGCAAUCUCUUCCCUCAUUGACAGAGUUAUACCUACAAUGGUGUGCUCUUCAUCACAAUUUCCAUCCGGCCAUUUCCACAAACUUUUCAUCUCUAACAAUCCUUAGCCUUUCCUCUUCUUUUGACCUUGGAUCUCCUUCCAUUCCAAAGUGGAUUUUUCAGCUAAAGAAUUUGGUUUCUCUUAAAAUAACAAAUACUUAUUUGCAAGGAUCCAUCCCAAACGGUAUUUAUAACCUCUCUCUCAUUGAAGAUCUUGAUUUGUGUACAAAUUUGUUUAAUUCUUCUAUCCCUGAUUGCAUAUAUACUUUGAACCAUCUCAAGUCUCUUGAUCUUUCUAACAACAAUUUGCACGGAACAAUUUCACAUGCAAUUGGAAACUUGACUUCUAUGGUUACUCUUGCUUUGUCAGACAAUCAGUUGGAAGGGCCAUUUCCAAACUCUUUAAGCAAUCUCUGUAACUUAAGAAGUGUUGGUCUCUCUAGCAAUAACUUCAAUCAACAAGUUUCUAGAUUAAUAGAAAUAAUCUCUAAUUGUGCUUCUCACACACUCAAGGUUUUGUCAAUUGAUAGUUCCAAAGUUUAUGGUAAUUUGACAGCCCAAAUUGGGAUUUUCAAAAAUCUCCGUCACCUUUCUAUCUUUAACAGUUCUAUUCAAGGUGCAAUUCCUAUAUCUUUAGCAAAUCUUACCUCUUUGAAAUAUCUUCAAGUUAACAGAAAUAAAUUUGAUGGGAAUCCUUUUGAUGUUUUGCAAUCACUUUCUGAAUUAGAAUAUCUUGAUAUCGGUGAUAAUCUUUUCCAUGGAAUUGUAAAUGAACAUCACCUCACCAAUUUCGCUAAAUUAAAUUAUUUCACCGCAUCAGGAAACAGACUAACUUUAAAAGUAGGUCCCAAUUGGAAGCCAUCUUUUCAAAAGUUGAUCUCCUUGGACAUGGCCUUAUGGCAUUUAGGUCCCCACUUUUCGUCAUGGAUUCAAUCACUGAAACAUCUUGAGGACUUGUCCAUGCCUAACACCAACAUCUCUGAUUCUAUCCCCACAUGGCUAUGGGGUGCAUUCCCCUAUGCUUCUUAUUUUGAUUUCUCUAACAAUGAUAUCCAUGGAGAGCUUUCUUACACAUUGAAGAAUCCCAUCAAUGUCCAAACCAUUGAUUUAAGCUCAAAUCGCUUAAGUGGUCCUUUACCACACAUAUCACCAAUUGUGGAAUACUUAGACCUCUCAAAUAAUUGGUUUUAUGGAUCCAUAGCCUCCUUCUCAUGUCAGGAAAAGGAAGAGCCAAUGACGUUAGAAUAUCUCAAUUUAGUAUCAAAUAAUUUGUCAGGUGAAAUACCUGAUUGUUGGAAGAUGUGGUCAAAUAAUCUAAUGAUCAUCAAGUUUGACAACCAUUUCAAGGGGAAGUUGCCCAUAUCCUUGGGAUCCUUACCUUGGCUGGACUAA